AUGGUCAGAAAGGGUCGUAAUAAUAGUAAUGAUGAUGAUGACGAUAGUACUAUAGGUAGACAGUCAAAGAAUAAUGGACUUGAUAAUAUAUUAGAUUUUGGAAUCUCUAAAAUACCACAAGAAACAUUAAAUUCAAUUUGGAGAGGUGAUGAAUUACCAAGAGAUGGAAGGGAAAUUGCUAAUCAUAUUGCCAAUAGUAUAAAGAAUGAACAAUUAGAAUCAGUUUUAAAAUAUUUAAGAAUGAUAUCAAACAAUAUACCAGAAUUAGAUAUUUCAACUAUAAGUUAUUCAUCACAACAAAAAAAACAUUCACAACAAAAGAAACAAUCAAAAAAGAAACAAAAUGUAAAUAAUAAUAAUAAAAAUAAAAAUAAAAAGAAAUCUUCAAAAAAGAAAAAAAAUGAAAGUGAAGAUGAAGAGGAUGAAGAAAAUGAAGAAGAAAAAGAAAAAGAAAAAGAAGAAGAGGAAGAAAAAGAAGAGGAAGAGGAAAUUUUUGAAAAAAUGGAAGAAGAUACGGAAGUACAAACAUCUAAUCAAUUUAUUGAAUUUUUAGAAUUAAAUGAAAUAUCAGUUCAAAAUUUAUCAGCAAUAUUAUAUUGGUUAAUAACAAGUACUGGUGUAAAGAAUCAAGAGGUUAAAUUUAAUGCUGCUUCCAUUUAUUCUCGUAUGAUUGUUUUAGCAAGAAAAUCAUUUCAUCCAUUCAUUUUCAGAUCAGUAAUGAAAUUAUUUUCAAUAAAAAAACCAGAAGUAAAGACACCAUUUUCAAAUAAAGAGAAAAAAGAUUCUUCUAAAUCGCAAUCAUCACAAUCACAAGAAGAUAAUGAAGAGGACGAGGAACAACAAGAAGAAGAAGAAGAUAAUGAUGAAAAUGAUGAUGGUGAAAAGGAAAAUAGUAAUAAUAAUAAUAAUAAUAAUAAUAAUAAUAAUAAUAAUAAUAAUAAUAAUAAAGAAUUAAAUCAAAAAAUUUGGUUAAAAAAAGUUUGUAUAUUAUUAGAAGAUAUAGAUUGGUUAUUUUAUAGAUUUUCAUUGGCAACAUUUAGUGAACCAUUAACCAAUUCAAUUGAAUCGAUUGCAAAUCUUGCACGUAGUCAAAACUUUAAAAAGGUUAAAUCUAAAGGUCUGAGAGUUAAUAACCAAUUGGAGCACGAUGAAAAGAAUGUAAUUGAUUCAGCAUUCAAGAUAUUGGCUAAUUUAACCCAAGAGAAUAGACAUGGACCAUUACAAAUUGUAUUACCAAUCGUUUUGAAAGAAUUUAUCAAUACUCUCACAUUAAAUCCUGGUAAAAUCAUACCACCAACCGUCCCAAAACAAUUAAUUAUGGAUCGUGAUUUCGUUUUAACAUUCAUUCAUAAUACUUUAUUACCAAAUUCAAACACUCAUGAACAUAUUCAUAUUUUAAUUCAACAUAUUUGUAUGAGGGUAAUGGAUCGUUCAGAAUAUAGAAAUCAUACAGUUGAUUCAAUCACUAAAAUAUUUUCAAGUCUUUCUUCUCAUCAAAGAUUUAUAAAUAGUUUCUUUUUAGCUUAUUCUAAAAAUACAAAAAGUCAUUUUAGAUCAUUUUCAGUUGAAGUAUCACUUUCAUUAUUACAAAAUUUUAAAUCAAUUAAAGAAAAUUUCCAAGUUGAGGAAGAGUUAUUAAUUCAACAACUUUUAGGUAUACUUGUAAAUAGAUCAUCUGAUAAAGUUUCGGUUGUUCGUUCAAAAGCACUUUCUUGUCUUUCAAUAUUAUUUGAAAAUAUAGAAACUUUGGAUUUAAUCAAAAAUCAUUUAAAAAAUGUAUUUGAUCUUGAUCAUUAUGAAAAUAAAAAUGAAAAUGAUGCUGAUAAUGUUCAAAAGAAAAUGAUAGAUUCUGAUGAUGAAGAUGAAAAAUCAAAUAAUAAAAAUAACAAUAAUAAUAAUGAUAAUAAUGGAAAGAAGAAACCAUCAUUAUUAUCAUUCCUUUCAAAGAGAUCAGAAGAUGAAAAGAGUGCAGUUAGAAAAUCAGCAUUACAAGUAUUAGAAGUUAUAUCUUUACAAAAUGGUGCAACAAAACCAAUUUUAAAUAUUUUAUUAAAGAAAACAAAUGAUUCAUCACCAUUAGUACGUAAACAAGUUAUUUCAACACUCACUCUAUUAUUAAAAUCAUAUCCAAAUGAUAUGGCAAUCAUUGAUACUUGGAGAAAAGCUGUAAUACCAUUAAUCACUGAUAGAGAACAAACUAUUAUGGAUAAAUCUUUAGAUUCUAUUAAUGAAAUUUUAUUUGGUUCAAUUUUAAAUCCUCAAAAUAAUAAUUUUAUUUGGAAAUUAUUAAAUGAUAUUUCAAUUGAGAUGAAACCAUAUUUACACAAGAUUUGUGGAUUAAUGUCAUCAAGAAAAAUGAUAACACCACAAUUGAUAAAGAGUGUUCAAUCAAUUAUUAAAGCAUCAAAGGAUGAAAAUAUUUCAGGUGGUUGGACAUUAUUUUCAGAGAUUUCAUAUUGUUGUCCUGAUAAAUUGGAUCAAGCAUUAGUAAUUGGUGCUUGGAAUAGAUUAAAAGUACAAGUUGAAGAUCAUUCAUUAUCCAAUGAAGAACAUGCGGAAAAAGUAUCAUUAUUAUGCUCAGUUUUAACGGUUAUUGAAACUUUAUGUACUAGUAUCUUACCAUUGGAUAAAUCCAAUGCAUUAUUCAAUGAAAUCUAUUCAAUGGUUAUUAAAUUUUCAUAUGAUCCAACCAUUACUCAAUUAUUCAUAAUCAUUUUAGUAAAAUUAACAACCAGAAUUUGUAAGUCUGAUGGUUUAUCAAAAGUUAAUAGUGUAAUUGCUGAUUGGACCAAUAAUAUUUUAAAGAUUUGUGAUGAAAGGUUAUCAAAAUAUGCACUUCCAAAUUUAUUAUCAACUACAACAAUCAAAGCAACCUCAAGCGAUGAAGAGAAUCUUAAUAAAAAUGAUGAUAUUGGUGGCGUAGCACAAUCAAAAAAGAAUGAAAAACAACAACAAGAAGAUAGAAUUGCAUUAUAUUUAUUUACAAUUGGUGAAAUUAUUCAAAUACCACAAUCAAUAAUACCAGGUAGAUUAAGAAUUGUGGUACAAGCAUUGAUUGCACCAAGAUUAAUGGGUGAUGAAGGUGAAAUUAUUCCAGUAUCAAUUCGUGCUCAUGCAUUUAUUACUUUGGGUAAACUAUGUUUAGGUGAUGAUAAAAUGGCAAAGAAAUGUAUUGCAACCUUUGCAAAGGAACUCGAGAUAUCCGAAUCUCCAAUCAUUAGAAACAAUGUUAUGGUGGUAAUGUGUGAUCUUUGUAUUAGAUACACUCAAUUAGUCGAUAACUAUAUACCAAAUAUUGCAAUGUGUUUAAGGGAUCCAAGCGAAUUGGUUAGAAGACAAACAUUGGUAUUAUUGACACGUUUACUUCAAGAGGAUUAUGUAAAAUGGAGAGGUUCUUUAUUCUUUCGUUUUGUUGAGGCAUUGGUUGAUCCAUCACCAAUCGUUAAACAAUUUGCAAACUAUUGCUUAAUGAAUGUAUUACAAGUUAAAUAUGGCACAAUUCAAGGUGGAUCAAGUGGUGGUGCUGGAGGUGCUGGUGGUGCUGGUGGUGCUGGUGGUGCUGCAAAUUCAAAUAAAGAUCAUCAUGGAAAUGUAUUUUUUACUCAUUUCCUCGAGACUAUUUUCGUAUUGAACAACUGUAAAGCUCAUCCAAACUAUAAUCAAUUAUCAGCAAAUCCAUCAUUUUCAUUGGCAAAUAUUCGUAAUGCUGCCAAUGGUAAUGCAGCUCAAUUUUCACAUCAUGGUCAAGAGAAUUUCGAAAAGAGAAUGUCAAUCUAUACAACUUUUCUUACAAAUAUGAAAGAUGAACAUAGAUUCCUUACAAUGAAUAGAUUGGUAAAAGAUAUCCUAUUGGAAGUCUCUGAAGAAAGAUUUGAUAUUGAACAAUGCUAUGGUGUAGUCUAUGAUACUCUCUCAAUUUUAGCUUCAAAAGAUAUUAAACUUCAAUCAAUCAAUGCUUUAAGAUCUGCAAUUGAAAAUGCUGAUGGUGAAGAAAUGUCAGAGAAACAAGUACAAACCGAAGAGGCAAAAGGUAAAUUAUUAACACUUGUUCAAAAGAAAGCAAUCAUUGAAAGUAUCAUUCCAAUUUUGGUUGAACUUAAAGCCUUAUUCGAGAAGAAAAGAUCAAAUUUAACUCGUUUGGUAGUUGCAUUCUUUAGAGAGUUAUUUAAAGAUUAUAAAAAAGAAUUAUCGGAAUUUCUUGCUGCCAAUAGACAAUUGGAGAAGGAAAUUGAAUAUGAUAUUAAAAAUUUUAAUAAGAAACAAGUUCAAUCACCAAUGAAACCAAAUCAACCACCACCACAAUCAUCUGUACAAUCUGGUCAAACACCAAUGAAACCACGUCGUAGUCUUGGUGGUAUAAAUGGUGCAAAUGGUUCCCCCUCAGUUGGUACACCAACUAAACCUGAUAUGUCCAAUUUCUUGGUACCACAAGUUCGUACUCCUAAACCACCUGGCACAAAUAGACGUUUAUCAAUUGCUACAACUACUCCAACAUUGAAACCAUUUAAUCAACCAUUAGGUAGACUUUCUGUAACUCCAAUGAAACCUUCACCAACAACAACAACAACAACAACAACAACAACAACAACAAUGCCAACAAAUUCAGAAGAACCAACUACACCAUUCAAACAAGGAAGUAAUAAUUUAUUUGGUUCAAAUUUAGGUGGUAAUAAUAAUAAUAAUAAUCCAAUAGUUAAUAGUACACCAAUUAGAUCAGCUAUGAGACAUAGUAUUGGUGGAAUUCCUUCAUCAGCAUUAAAACCAAAUCAUUCAACCCCAUCAUCAGUUAGAUUCAAUGAUAUUGAACCAAUUCCACCACCAAAAUUCACUACUAUUCCAUCUUCAAUUCCUAUUAGAAUUCCAAUGGAAGUUAAAAAUUCUUUAGGUGCCGAUAUUGUACUUCCAAAUCCUGACAAACCUCCAACUAUUCAAAAAUGGAAUAUAAAUAUUGGAAAUGAUGAUGAUGCUGAUAAAAAAAUGAAAGAUGUUGAAGAAGAAGAAGAAGAAGAGGAAGAAGAAGAAAAAGAAGAAAAAGAAAAAAAAUCAGAGGAUGAAGAAAUUGUACAAAAAAAAAGAGGUAGAAAGCCACAACCAACAUCAAAAACACAAAAAACUAGAACUUCCUUAAAAGAAAAAACUGUAAAUAAGAAAUCACAAGACCAAUCAGAAAAAGAAAAUGAAGAGGAAAAAGAAGUUAUAUUACCUAAAAGAAAUAAAAAAACUUCUUCAACCUCCACCACAAUGACCACUAGAAGUAGAAGGCAACCAAUCGAGCAAGAAGAACAAGAGGAAGAAGAAAUUGUACAAGUUAAAAAAAGGGGUAAAACAUCAAAAUCAAAGAUUACUCCAACUACAACCACAAAAAAAAGAAAAUAA